AUGGCCAUGGGGAGCUGCAGAAAGAAGGCUUCAUCAAGAGGCCACCAUCGUUAUGUAGGAGUUCGUCAGAGACCCUCCGGUCGAUGGGUCUCUGAGAUUAAGGACUCCCUCCAAAAGGUCAGGCUAUGGCUUGGGACUUUCGACACUGCCGAGGAGGCUGCUCGGGCUUACGACGAUGCAGCUCGGGCACUCCGUGGCUCCAAUGCUCGCACCAACUUUGAGUACUUGCCUCCGAGCUCUUGUGACUCUGGUGCUGAUGCAGGCGAUGCUAACCAACCAAUUGAAUCGCCUUUCUCUUUCGAGGAGGGUUGCAUCGAAGAAGAUGGGCUCUUAGGAGCCCUAAAGGCGAAGCUGUUCGACGGCAAGGGGCAGAGGGUGCUGCAGGCGGUGGCGCAAACAACUUGUUGCUCAACCACGGAUAAUCUAAUAAACACAAACAACAACAGCAAUUAUAACGAAACCAUCAUUCAAGGUGGCAUCCACCCACCGCCAGUACUCUCAAGCGGCCAAGUUGACGUGGUGACGGCAGAGCUGGAUUCCGGCGGAGGAAGUGGGUGGUUCAAUGCUUCGUCCACCGUGGGACUACAUGCAUGGCCAGUGGUUUUAGGUGGCCUAGAAGAGGGGGGCAAUAUUGGAGAUGUGUGUGUUAUGUAG